AUGGCUGCGGAGUCCGAGAGGCCGCCUUACCUUAAUGGUGCCUCUGGGUCCAAAGGAGCCAAGGAGUCAGAGGCGGCAUCAGAGACGGGGCACCGGUUGGCUAGAGGCAGCAAUGACAUGAUAGAGGUGCCGCGACCAACCAUUCAAACCCAGGGACAGGCCAUGUCUCAAGUACCCAAACUGCUUCCUAAUUUACCCACCUAUUCCGCCCCGACGUCGACUGGCAACUCUGCUGUCUCCUCCCGCGAAUCCUCCCCGGUGCGAAUCUCCUCACGUACCGCCAAUUCUCCCUCCACCAGCCGAGUUUCCUCUCAGACUCGAAAAGGCACUCCGGAUCGCGUGAGUCCAACUCGAGCGUCGAGCAACGGUCAAUCCUCUACUCGAACCCUACAAUCCUCGUCUGGUCAGCGCGCUUCACCGGGACCUCCCACCAACCCUCCACCAACCCUCUCUCCUCCUCCUGCUCCCGAAGCACCGGCCAAUGUCCCCAGUCCAGAAAAGCACAAUAUGCCAUCAUGGGCGGGGAAUCGUCGUACUGAUCAAGAAUCGACCCCCUCGAAUACCUCACUCAAAAGAACUUCGCCCUCGCCGUCGGAGGAACAUGGCAAGACUGACCGAAGCACCCCGCGGGCAGCCACGAGGGUCAUUGUCGGACAAGGUCCCUCCCUGGAGACGGUCCAAGAGAUGGCCAGCAAUCCAUCCACCCCGUCUAGUGACAAUGCUCUCCAACCGACAACCCCCGACGACGUCCGCUUACACACUAUUGACGAAGACCCUACUCCGCGAGCCUCCAGGCAGAACACCGAGAGUGACAAUGACAGCGGUGGUAACCCAAGUUCAAAGGAGGAAAAUCGCGCUCACACCACAGGCACAGUCAAAAUGCCGGGGACUAUCAUGCCGCAACGGUCGUCUACUUCACUCAGUGCUGGUGCGCGAGCGAAGCCUACGGACGGCUCGGUCCGCAACAUGAUUGUCGAGACGGAAACCGUGAGCUCAAUCCCGCAAGUAUCGUUGGGCGUUGCCACUGGAGAGCGAGGCAGCAGCAGUCGAGCGGAGCAGGGCACUCUACGGAUGAAACCGUCCACGGAGACGAUCCGACCUCGCAAGGAGAAGAAAAAGAGCCGGCGUGCCAAUCACCUCACCACUGGCCCUGGGACCAGCAAGGCGGACAUCUUUGAGGCCAAGGUGGCCAGUGCCGUGGAUGAAGCAGACGUGUCUGACUCUGACGAGACCUUUGUCUACGAAUCGAACCCGCCGGACCCAUAUCCUCCUCGCCAAUCACGGUACCACUCGCGAACUCCUAGCGCAACAUCCAUGGCGAGCCAAGUAGACCAGCUGGCUGGUCGUGCCCGCGGCGCCAUGCGGGAUGGUUCUCACAGCGUUACCGGUAAACGCAGCAUGAAGUUCACAAACAACACGUACAACAGCAGCAUGGACGGUGACGCCCAGGAAGCCGACGGAAGUCGAAAUGCCGGCCGAGUUGAGGGGAGCGGCACGAUCACCCCCGUCAUCACCAUGUUGGGCGUCAUGGACGCAACGGGGCUUAUCCAUCUCUGUUCGACAAUGACGGGCCGUUCCCUCAGCCACAAAAUCAACUGA